AUGAUGGAAACUAAAGCAGUAGUCGUAGACAUUGGCACAGGUUACUUCAAGUGUGGCUUUGCAGGGGACUCACGGCCUUCCUACAUUUUUUCAUCUACGGUUGGUAAGCCCAUACAGGAGACUGGGAGCAAUCAAAAAGAAACCUUUAUUGGAAAAGAGCUUCAGAAUAGCAGCGUACCCUUAACACUCAGCCCCAUAAGACAUGGCAUAGUGGUGGACUGGAACUGCGUCCGAGACACUUUGGAGUAUAUUUUCCAGACGGAGAUGAAGAUUCAGCCAGAGGACCAUGCUGUUCUGGUGUCAGUGCCUCCUCUGUGUUCCAUCACUGACAAGGAGAGAUACGCUGAGAUGAUGUUUGAAGGAUUUCACAUGCCUGCUGUCCACAUUGCCUACCAGUCCCAUUUAUCCAUGUACUCUUACGGAAAAACCUCAGCUCUCGUGGUGGAAAGUGGCCAUGGCGCUUCAUAUGUGGUUCCCAUCUAUGAAGGUUAUGUUAUACGUAGCAUCACUGGGAGAGUAGAUUAUGCUGGUUUGGACAUCACACGUUUUCUCAUGAAGUUACUAAAUGACUCUGGAAACGUCUUCACAGAACAGCAGCUAAACAUCGUACAAGAUCUCAAAGAAAAGUGUUGUUACACUUCUCUAGACCUCACACGGGACUUGAGUUUGCCUGUUGAGAACCAACAAAUGGAUUAUGAGCUGCCAGAUGGACACCUCAUCACUGUAGGCAAGGAGAGAUUCCUUUGUGCUGAAGCGCUCUUCAAACCAGCCCUACUUGGCUCACAGCAGCCAGGGCUUUUGCAGCUGACACUCACCUGUCUCCAGAAGUGUGACGCUGACAUCAACAAAAAAAUGGUGGGGAAUAUCCUGCUGUGCGGGGGCAGCACUAUGAUGGAGGGCUUUGCCGACCGUUUCCAGAUGGAACUGGCCAAGAUGUGCCCCAGUGACAACUUCAUCACAGCCGCGUCCCCUCAAAGACAGUCUUCUGUCUGGAUUGGUGGGUCUAUUCUGGCCUCACUCCGCUCUUUCCAAGAGCUCUGGGUUUACAGGAGUGAAUAUGAAGAACAUGGUCCUUCCUGCAUUUUUAGGAAGUGCUUCUGA